CCGCAGGUAUAUUGCUGUUCUUGAAAUUAUCCCCUUUGGAAACACCAGGGACGUCCAGCCUCCAGUAUGUCCAAGUACAAGCUUAUCAUAUUAAGACAUGGAGAGGGUGCUUGGAAUAAAGAGAACCGAUUUUGCAGCUGGGUGGAUCAGAAACUCAACAGUGACGGCUUGGAGGAAGCUUGGAACUGUGGCAGACAACUCAAAGCCCUAAAUUUUGAGUUUGAUCUUGUCUUCACCUCUGUCCUUAACCGGUCCAUCCACACAGCCUGGUUGAUCCUGAAAGACCAGGUGCCUGUGGAAAGCUCCUGGCGUCUGAAUGAGCGUCACUAUGGAGCCUUGAUUGGCCUCAACUGGGAGAAAAUGGCUUUGAAUCACGGUGAAGAGCAAGUGAGAGUCUGGAGAAGGAGCUACAACAUGACCCCGCCUCCCACUGAGGAGUCUCAUCCCUACUACCAUGAAAUCUACAGUGACUGCAGGUACAAAGUGUGUGACAUGGCCUUGGAUCAGCUGCCACGCUCAGAAAGCUUAAAGGAAGUUCUGGAAAGACUCCUUCCCUACUGGAAUGAAAGGAUUGCUCCUGAAGUGCUAAAGGGGAAAACCGUUAUGUUAUCUGCCCAUGGGAAUAGCAGCAGAGCCCUCCUGAAACAUCUGGAAGGUAUCUCUGAUGAAGACAUUAUCAACAUCACUCUUCCCACCGGAGUCCUGAUUCUGCUGGAGUUGGACAAGAAACUGCGUGCUGUUGGGCCUCACCAGUUCCUGGGUGACCAGAAGGCCAUCCGAGACACCAUCAAGAAAGUGGAUGGUCAAGUAAAAGUGAAACAAGGCAAAAAAUAA